AUGGGUGAGUCCAACGUGACCUCAUUUGCGGUCGAGAGCCCCACGAAUGCCUCGACGGGCAGGAACGCCUCCGCCAGGGACGUGCGGGAGGAACUGCCCGCCGUGCUCUGGGUCAUUAUGAGCAUCUCCCCGCUGGGCUUCGUGGAAAACGGGGUUCUCCUCUGGUUCCUCUGCUUCCGGAUGCGAAGGAACCCCUUCACAGUCUACAUCACCCACCUGUCCAUCGCGGACAUCUCCCUGCUGUUCUGCAUCUUCAUCCUGACCGUCGACUACGCCUUAGGUUACGAGCUCCUAUCGGGCUACUACUACACCAUCGUCACCUUGUCCGUGACGUUCCUGUUUGGCUACAACACGGGCCUCUAUCUGCUGACGGCCAUCAGCGUGGAGCGGUGCCUGUCCGUCCUGUACCCCAUCUGGUACCGAUGCCAUCGCCCCAAGCACCAGUCGGCGCUCGUCUGCGCCCUCCUGUGGGCGCUGUCCUGCCUGGUGACCGCCAUGGAAUACGCCCUGUGCAUCGACAGCGAGAGGCAGAGCUACUCCCAACGCCACUGCAGGGCGGUCAUCAUCUUCAUCGCCAUCCUGAGCUUCCUGGUCUUCACGCCCCUCAUGGUGCUGUCCAGCGCCGUCCUGGUGGUGAAGAUCCGCAGGAACACCUGGGCGUCCCACUCCUCCAAGCUGUACCUGGUCAUCGCGGUCACCAUCGCCAUCUUCCUCACCUUCGCCGUGCCCAUGCGAGUCCUCUACCUGCUGUUCUACGAGUACUGGUCCACCUUUGGGAGCCUCCACGACGUCUCCGUCCUCUUCUCCACCAUCAACAGCAGCGCCAACCCUUUCAUUUACUUCUUGGUGGGCAGCAGCCGGAAGAAGCGGUUCAAGGAGUCCUUGAAGGUGGUCCUGACCAGGGCUUUCAAGGACGAAACGCAGGCCAGGCGCCAGGAAGACAGCAGCAACCUCAACACCACCGAGACAGUCGUCUGA